AUGGACAUCGUGAACAGAAAUUGGCACAAUUUACGUCAGACCCCAGAGAGAAAUGUAAUUGGAGAUCCGUACCUAAUGGCAGAACGUAAAAGAGGAGCGGGUGAUAGAGUGAGGCUGUCAUUGAUCUCUCUUUCUUUCGCGCCUUUUCUCGCUCCCUUUGUCUGUCUGCUCUCUCUCACUCUAUCUUGCUCUCGCUUUCUUUCUGUGGAUGCGUCCUCGCUCUACGAAGCACGGCGGAGUUCGGACAGCCGGCCGCCUUCUCCUCUCCUCUCCGUCGAGUUCUUCUGGAUCCCUUUCUCGUGCGCGAAUCCGGAGGAAGAGUGGGAGGCCGCAUCCGGUGGAGGAGUCCACCGCCGAAGACGCCGAGGUCACGGUCGGCGCCGCCUCACGGAGAGGUCGUACGUUCCCAGGCUUCUGCUUCCCUGAAAGGCCGCUCCGGGUAUGUUCUGGUGCCGUCUUUCGACGAAUUCUCGCCUUUCGUUGAUUCGGGGGUUAUGUUCUAGUGCCGUCUUUCGAUGGGUUCGUGAUUUUCUCUGUGUCGGGGGCAUCUUCUUGUGGACUCUUUCGAUGGGAUCUUUAUUUUCUUUGAUUUGGACUUUCGGUUGCCUGCGGUGGUGCGGGUGGUGCGAGAUUGCUGAAGAAAGCUCUGGCUUUCCUCCUUCCUCUUAUUUAUUUACUUUCUUCCGAUUUGUUUUGCCGCUUCGUUGCUGAUUCGAUUUGAUGUUUGGUCUGGGUAGGGGGAUCUAUCUUCUUCUUUAGACUUCCAUCAGAUUGCUCUUUGGGGACGGAUGAGUGUUACAGUCUGGAGGAGAAAAGAUUAUUUCAGCAAGGUUUAUCGAUUGACGGUGACGGGUGAGCGUGUUGAAUCAAGGGGCACAUUCGAUUUUCAGAUCGCUGAGCGAUCGACCAGGGUCUGGAGAAGAACCCGGUGAUUUCCGGCAGGAAACAACACCCUCCGUACCUGCACCUCUCCCGAGCGUUAUUCCCCACCCAGAAAAGCCAUCAGAACUUGGUGGCGGGCUGUCCUGUUGAGAAAGCAGCUGGAAUCGAGGGAGGAAGUGUGGACGAGGUUGUCGGGCUACAGGAGGAAGCGAGGAUGUCUCCCAUCCCGGAUCGGGUACAUGCUUCGACGUCCCUCAUUCCUUUCCUUGACGGCGACUGUAGAGAGCUUUCUCUCCCCAUCCCAAAGCACAUCACAUCUUGACAAUAGGAAUGUCCUAUCCAAAAUCGACAGGUGCAGGUCGGAAAUUCUCCAUUAUACAAGGUAGAGAGAAUGUUGGGAGCAGGAGGUUUUGGGCUGGUCUACAUUGGACGAAGGGUGGCUGGUGGAUCUCAGGGCAAUGGGCCCAAUGCCUUUAAGGUUUAGUUUCAACCUCCCAUCACUCCUGCCACGGGAAUCUUUAAAUACUGCUGUUUUAUGUUGUCUCUUUCAUUUUCCUGCGGUGGGUGUAGGUAGCACUGAAGUUUGAGCAUAGAAAUAGCACGGGUUGCAGAUUUGGCCCCCCAUAUGAAUGGCAAGUUUAUGAGUAAGAAGACACCCCCUACUGCUCUAAUUUAUUACGUAUUGUGUCGAUCUAAAACUAUGUUCUUCACCUGACUUUGUGAAUAUGGUUUUAGCCAUCUCAAGGGAUGCUAUGGAUUACCUAGGGUGCACUACAAGGGCCGCCAAGGAGAUUAUUUCGUCAUGGUUGGCGUAGAGUCUUUCAUUUUAUUGUUUCCUCGAAUUAUAUUUUUUAUUGAAAGCUAGUUAUGAUAUUGUUGAUGAUGAUUGCUGCAGAUCAUGGACAUCCUUGGACCAAGUCUUCUGGAUGUGUUCAUAUCCAUUGGGCAAGUGUAAGAAAAUAAUCUUGACUUCAUAUUCAAAGUCAAUAUUCUGUUGAAAAUUGUGCUAUUGAGUUUGACUAACUCCUUGGACAGAAUGCCACCAAAUAUGGUGGCUUGUAUUGCUGUGGAGGCAAUAUCCAUCCUUGAGAAGCUACACCAAAAAGGGUAUGUAUGGCUUUGUGGCAGUGUGAUAUUUUUUCAAUUAUAUUUUCGCAAAGGUCACAGUAAUUAAUUCAUUGCUCCCUUGUGCACUCCCUCCCUCCACCCACACAAAAAAAAAACAUGCCAGGUUUGUGCAUGGAGACGUCAAGCCAGAGAAUUUAUUGUUGGGUAAACCCGGAAGCUCAGGGGAGAAGAAGCUUUUUCUCAUCGACUUUGGGCUGGGUAUGUUGCUGCAUUCCAAUCACUUCUUGUUUUCACCUCUCGUGCCUAUUGAUUUUAGAGUAGGGUUUGUUUUUCCAAGUAUAUAAACAAAUUUGUCUUGACUGAGAAGUCCCUGUCUGUAUCAACAUCAGUGAUAUUUUUGUGCUUUGUUCAGAGCCUGUACAAAUGCUAAUUGGUGUCAUUAAUAUUUUAAUCAGCUUCAAUGUGGAGGGACAGUUUGUCAGGCCAGCAUGUCAGAUUAUGCCAACAGCCAGAUAAUUUCAGGUUUUUUGGGAAACGAUAUUCUAUUUUUUCCCUAAAUUCUUAGCUAAGAUGAGGAUUCAUAAAAUCUUACCCCUACCUUACUAUCUAUCUCAUGUUCCCUAGGGGCACAACACGAUAUGCAAGCGUCCAUGCACAUUUAGGCCUCACAGCGAGUAGAAGAGAUGAUCUUGAGUCAUUGGCCUACACUCUGAUUUUUUUGAUUAAAGGAAGGCUGCCGUGGGAAGGCUAUCAGGUUUGCUUCCACCUCUACUUGUACAUGUUCUCCCAUCUCUUUGAUUCAUCACUUGCUGAUUCUUAUGCCAACUAUGUAGGGGAAUGACAAGAGGUUUCUAGUCUUCAUGAACAAGACUGUAACCUCCCCCGAGACGCUGUGUGGUGGCUGUCCCCCUCCUUUCGCACAAUUCCUUGAAGCAGUGAAGAAGAUACAAUUUGUUGAGCAGCCCACCUACUCGAAGCUCAUUUCUCUUUUUGGAAGCUUGAUAUGCCCCCCCUGCACCCUGUUAAAGACCAUUCGGAUUGAUGCAAUUUUGAAGGUGGUUGCAAACAUGACAUCACUGAAAUUACCUCGCAUAUUUUUAUUUUAUGUCAGAUGGUUUUAUCUCUUUUUCAUGGCUCUAUCAUCUGUUGUUAAAUAGGCUGACCAUGUUUCCAACAGGUUCACCAAAAACGUGGAAGAUUGCAGGUAA